AAGGGGGUGUUAGGCAGUGUAUAAUAUAUAUGUUUUUAAAGCUUAUAAAAAGAAUAUAUUAAAAUGAUUCAAAGAAUAUUUUUAAAAUUAAAAAAUUUGAAUUUUCGAUGAAAACAGGAACAACGUCAACGAACUAAGAAAAAAAAAAAAAAAAGAGUACAAUUCACUAAACGAAUUUUAUAAUAAUUUAACCAUGAAAAAUCAAAUAUUUCAGGUUGUACUAUUGAAAAAUUUAAAAUAUUAUUUUCAUUGCGGUAUGUGUUUCGAAGAACCUAAAUGGGGCAUCUACUCAUCUCUCUCACUCGCUCUCUCAAAUAUUUUAUGAAUAAUGAUUUAGUUUUCGCAGUUAAUAAGUCGCAAGCAUACUGUAGAAGUCUCCGGGCCAGUUCGUUCCUGCAAAAUACCAUCUUUUUCCAUCAACCGAGGUACGCGCACCGGAGAAUCUUGGAGAAGGCAAUGCAGCUUCAGAGCUCAAUAUAGUAUUUUUCAAGUUUGAUGAAAACGUCAUUGCUGGGUUCUUGUAGCGGGAAGUGAACUAUGCACAGGUUGUUUCUUGAUUCCACUUCGAUUUUCAGGGGAAAUCAUCGAUGUUUUACUCCCGUUGGGGCUGUGGUAUCGGGUGCAGAUUUAACCUUCUCGCUAGUGUUGUGAUGAACUUUGUCUACCACGCAAAUUAACUGCAGAAAAUGUCGAAGUAUUUUCCUUUCGAUUCGAAGACUUCGCCUUGAUGACUACGAGUGCCAACGAAGACUGAGAAUUGAAGGCAUGGUCAGAUACUGGAUUGGUGUUGUAGGCAAGUUCAAGAUUUCCUGGUGGUUGAUGAUUUUAGUAAUCUAGUGCAUUCAUUCAUAGCUUCUGUGGACAGACAAGAGUGGAAGCAUAUGGUGGCAAUUUUUGACGAUGCUUUUGAAAGAGAUGAUCAGCUAACAGUGGAAUAUUGUACAUGCUGCUGCUGCAAUGACUUCUAAUUAAAAAAAUAUUAAAAUAUUUUUUUAAAAAAUAUUUUAAUAUUUAGAACGAGCAGAAGUGAUCACGUUUUCUAGAGAGCUAACUGGAUUUUUUUAGCAAUUUAAGCUAGAAUUUAGUUAUAAAAUAAAGGGCAUGGACGCUCUUAACAUUCUUUUUGUUUCAUUGCCUGUCUUGUAAAAAAAAAAAAAACUAAAAACAGAAGUGAAGGUAGAAAUAACAGCACAACAGCCUGUCUAAACUCAAGUUAUUUCUGAUUUUCGAAGGUUAUUAUUCAGAUCCGAAAUAUGCUCUAUAUGUUUGUCGCACAAUAACUAUAAAAAGUAAAAAUUUAUCUAUUUUGAAAAAAGAAACUUCCAUGCUUUUGAAUACUUUUCUAAAGAAAAUAAUAAAUAAAUAAAUAUUUUUCUGUGCUUUCUCAUUUCAACAGUCUGUCUACCUGAUUGGUGAUCAGGGUUCUUGUUGAAAUGCCCAAAUACUUUGUGUUUUUCUCAUUGAUCUUUUGAUUUAGGGAUUUGAGUGGUUGUUCUGAAUUUCUUUUUUCAAAAUCUCAUUCUGGGGGAUUUACCGUUGAGUCUUGUGUUUCCCAUUGGUUUCCUUUGAUUUGGGGAUGUGGGCUCCUCUUCUUGUGUUGAAUUUGAUAUUAAAGGUGAAGACUUUUAUUUUCAAGGACUGCAUUGAUUGAUCAGAGGCAGAGUAUUGGAGAAAGAAGCCAUUUUGAUUGAUGGGUUAACAUAUUUGGGGCUUAAUGCUACAAAGGAUUGGAGCCAAUAAAACCAGUCACACUGUUGAGAAUUGUGGAUUGGGAUUAUGGGCUGCAUUUGCUCGAAGGUCAGUAGAGCCACUAAAUAUUUAGAGAGAAGAGUCAAAAGAAAAGAAACAACCAAGCCUGCCAGACGGUUAUCCAAAAGCGAUGAAGUUGUGGUAGAGGUUGAUGGUAAUGCUAAUGGUUCCACGGCUAGUUUGAUAUCCGAUCAACCUGGAAAUGAUAAUGCGGAGUCUACUCCAGUUUCAUACGAUGAAGGAGAGAAGAAGGCAAAAAUCGAACAGGUUAAUAAUCAUCAAAGGAUUACUAGUAUAGUGAGUAUGAGCAAUGGAGAGAGAGGAGCACAAGUUGUUGCUGGUUGGCCUUCUUGGCUGACCUCUGUGGCUGGAGAAGCAAUCAAUGGAUGGGUGCCUCGAAGGGCAGAUUCAUUUGAGAAGUUGGAUAAGAUUGGACAAGGAACAUAUAGCAGUGUGUACAAAGCUCGUGAUCUUGAAACAAAUAAGACAGUGGCAUUGAAGAAGGUGUGCUUUGCUAAUAUGGAUCCUGAAAGUGUUCGUUUUAUGGCGAGAGAAAUCAUCAUUUUGCGUAGGCUUGAUCACCCAAAUGUUAUGAAGCUUGAGGGUGUCAUUGCUUCAAGAAUGUCUGGCAGUUUGUACCUUAUAUUUGAAUAUAUGGAGCAUGACCUUGCAGGGCUUUUGGCUUCACCAGGGAUUAAAUUCUCUGAAGCGCAGAUUAAAUGUUACAUGCAACAGCUUCUUCAUGGACUUGAACACUGCCACAAGCGCGGGGUAUUGCACCGUGAUAUAAAGGGCUCAAAUCUUCUGAUUGACUCUAAUGGCAAUCUCAAGAUUGCUGAUUUUGGACUGGCAACUUUUUUCUCUUCACCUCAGAAGCAGCCUCUAACAAGUCGGGUGGUUACAUUGUGGUACAGACCUCCAGAGCUUUUGCUUGGUGCCACAGAAUAUGGAGUUUCUGUGGAUCUAUGGAGCACUGGUUGCAUUCUUGCAGAAUUGUUUGUUGGGAAGCAUAUCAUGCCUGGAAGAACAGAGGUGGAGCAACUGCAUAAAAUCUUCAAACUUUGUGGGUCACCUUCUGAUGAGUACUGGAAGAGAUCAAAACUGCCGCAUGCAACCAUUUUCAAACCUCAACAUCCUUAUAAACGUUGUGUUACCGAGACAUUUAAGGACUUUCCUUCAUCAGCUUUGGCCUUGCUAGAUGUCCUUCUUGCUGUAGAACCUGAGGCCCGUGGGACAGCUCUUUCAGCACUUGACAGUGAGUUCUUCACGACAAAGCCUCUUCCUUGUGAUCCAUCAACUUUGCCGAAACACCCACCAACCAAGGAGUUUGACGUUAAGUUUCGGGAUGAGGAUGCUAGAAGGAGGAGAGCAACUGGAGGUAAAGGGCGUGGAUAUGAAUCAACUAGAAGGGGUUCAAAAGAAAGUAAAGUCAUGCCAGCACCUGAUGCCAAUGCGGAGUUGCAAGCAUCCAUACAGAAGCGGCAAGGACAGUCUAAACAAAUAAGCAUUAGUGAAAUUUACAAUCAUGAAGAGGAUGGUGUUUCUCGCUCUCCUGUUGGGCCUGCUAAAGGAACAGCAAGAAAUAUUUACUCACAUUCUGGCCAAUCGGUGCAUCCUAUGAACCUUGAAACUUCACAUAAUAUGAACAUCAAUGAAACUUUCAGGGCUCCUGGGCAAGACUUUAUUUCUUCAAGGCAGGCUGCAGAGUUGAGAGCUCAGAGAUCUUUCAUUGAAAGGGGAGCGGUCCAGUUGUAUGGAUUUUCUAAUUCAGUUGCAGUUAGAGGUGAUUCACAGUUUCAUGGUAGCAGUUCAACUAAUCUGAAUUCGCACUGGCCAGAGGGGAGUUUUAAUGCUAGAUGUAACAGUCUGGAUGAUUCCUCCCACGGUCAAUUAGGCAGGCCAAACUUCUCCAAUAAGAAGCCUGGUUUGGAUUCUACAACGGGUAACUCAACAAAGAAAAGCCAUGUCCACUACUCUGGACCAUUGGUGCCUCGAGGAGGAAACAUUGAGGAAAUGCUCAAAGAGCAUGAGAAACAAAUCCAGCGAGCUGUGCGUAAAGCUCGUUUGGACAAGAACACCAGUGAAAGGGCACACACUGAAUCACUAUUUUAUCACGGGAGGAUAAAUGGUAGAUGACCCCGGAGAAGUUUUGACUGAGCAUCGCAAAUGACAUAAAGCGGGGCUAUUCCUUUGGGAAUACAAUGACGAUUAUGGAAUAUCAGUGGCAACUUUCCAUCAGAUAGUUACAAGCAUCUCCCAUAACUGGCAUGAUCUUGAACCACAAAAGGGAGAUACAUGAAACGCCAUUCAAAUCCAUUACUACCAGUGCAGGACAAGACUGGCCUUGGUUUUUUUUUCUGACGCCAAGCAUGUUUAUGCCAAAUCACUAUCUUUGGUCCUAGCAUUGUCCGGUUUCAAAGGUAUGCUUUUUGCAGCUGAACAUCUGAUUUUUUGGAUCAAUUUUCCCCAUUCUGUGGCGAGGCUGCAACAAUCCCAAUUGCCACUCCAAAAUGUUGCUCAAGUUAGCUUUAUAAUAAUACUACACAAGUGUAACUUGCUCUUUACUUUGCCCUAGUUGGCACAUGCUGGAUAGCAAUAUAAUGAAGGAAAAAAAAAGAUUUAUUUGA